AUCAUGAGCCGCAACCUGGAGCAGAUCCUGGCGCGGGGGGAGAACCUGGAGACCCUGCACUGCAAGAGCCAGGACCUGCAGGCCACUUCAGAGCACUUCAGGACCACGUCCCAGAAGGUGGCCCGCCGCUACUGGUGGCAGAACGUGAAGCUGCUGGUCAUCCUGGGGCUGGUGGGCACCAUCAUCCUCAUCCUCAUCAUCCUCCUGGCCACCGGUGUCAUCCACUCCUAG